AACCAGAGCUCGGGAGAGGAGCGCGGCGCUCGCUCAGUGAGGAUGCUGCGCGCUGGAGCAUCCACCUGGGACCUGUCCCGGACCGGAGAAGUCCACACCGGGACAACCAUCAUGGCCGUGGAGUUGGAUGGGGGUGUCAUGGUGGGCUCUGACUCCAGGGUGUCUGCAGGGGAGGCAGUGGUGAACCGAGUGUUUGACAAGCUGUCCCCUUUGCACCAGCGCAUCUACUGUGCCCUCUCUGGCUCCGCUGCGGACGCCCAGGCCAUAGCAGAUAUGGCUGCCUACCAGCUGGAGCUGCACGGGUACGAAGCCCUCAGGGUGGAGCUGGAAGAGCCUCCACUUGUCCUGGCUGCUGCGAACGUGGUGAGGAACAUUACCUAUACAUACAGGGAGGAUCUGUCGGCACAUCUCAUGGUGGCUGGCUGGGACCAGCGUGAAGGUGGCCAGGUGUAUGGAACCAUGGGAGGAAUGCUGAUUCGACAGCCCUUUGCCAUUGGGGGCUCUGGCAGUGCCUACAUCUAUGGCUAUGUGGACGCCACAUAUAAACCAAGCAUGUCCCCAGAGGAAUGCAGACGCUUCAUCACCAAUGCUAUCACACUGGCCAUGAACCGGGAUGGCUCCAGCGGAGGCGUCAUCUACUUGGUCACUAUCACGGCUGACGGUGUGGACCACCGAGUCAUCCUCGGGAACGAGCUGCCAGAGUUCUAUGACGAGUGAAUCCUCUCAGACUUCAUCUCCUUGCUUUUAAUAAACUCUCUGGAGCCAUGA